AUGAUUCCAUCCAACGGUGGACCUGGACCAGUCACCUCCAACGAAGCCGACGUCAUUGAGAUAAAUAUGCGAGAGGACGGGUUCCGGUACUGGGGUAUCGUGAUCUACCGAGCCACUUACAAAAGCGAGAUGGACUGGGAAAAGUUCCUCCGCCGGUUCCUGGGCCAGGUCCGCCAGGCACUAGAAUACUAG